AUGCCACGUUCAAAUGCAAAUCAACCUUAUCAAAAUAAUCAUAAUGGUACUUCAAAUGAUUCGCGACUUCAACUUCCUCUUUCUGUAGUUGAAAUAGCUACACCUUCAACUUUGUCCUCUAUGCCAAACCAAAUUGAACGUUUUAGUACGUCAUCAUCUAUUAAUGAUAUAUUUAAGUCUUCUCGACACCUUUCAAACCACCUUCAUAAUCAAAACGAAUAUCAUAGAAGCCAACAAAAUCAAGAAUCCGAUAAUAACACACCAAUUUCUACAACGAAUGUCAUUUUGGACUAUUUACUCUACUUAUCAAUAAACGCAAGACUCGAACAAGCAAAAAAUGAUUUACAAGAUUUGACAGAACAACCAUCGACGAUCGCAUCUCAUCGAAAGAAAGGUCAAGGUGUUGAUGCAAUUGUCGAAGAAACAUCAUUGUCGCUUCCUUUACCACUUAAACAUCGAUUGUGUUUAUGUCAAUUAUUACAUUUAGUAUUUGAUCGAUCCAACUUGACAUCAUCUUCACCACUAAAAUCCACGCGUAUUUUACAAUCUUCAACAAAUAAACGCAAAUUACCAUCAAAUUUAGCAAAAUUUGAAAAACAUUUUAAGAAUCCUCUUUUAUCUCGUUGUAGAAAACAUCGACUUGACAUUUGUAAUGAGUGUAAUCAAAACCCGGAUCAAAUUUUCACUUUUUCCCCUUGGUCACGUAAGAGAACUAAACCAAUUCCAACACGUAAAACCGCUCCAGGAUUGAUAGAUUCGAUACCAGUUUUCAUAAACAAUAACGCUAUUACAUAUCGAUUAACACACAAAAAAUCAGGAUUCGAACAAAAUGAACCUUCAAUAUUAGUUAAACCGAUUUGGUAUGAUUUAUUAUUGAGUUUAUUGACUCAGAGUGCAAUUGAAUGUUAUCUUUGUGAUUCAUAUAGUUCAAUUGAUGCUCUAUUAGAGAUAUUUUCAUAUGGUGACAUAGAUCCGUCUGAUUACCAUUCUGAUGACUCGGAAAGUGAAGAUGAAAAUCCACAUAUCGCGGCAAAUCGAGCGGACGAUUAUUUGUUAUGGCAACGUACAAAAUUUUUGGAUGAAUUCCGUGAGAAGAAAAAAGAAAGAAUGGAAGAGUUUUUGAAUGUCAAAGGAAAACUUGAGCAACAUUUUGAGAAUCUUGCUAUUAAGUAUCCCUUACGUCAUUUAGAAGAAGAAAUGUUGGGAUAUUGUAGAAAUGUAGCAAAUUCACAAAACAUUAUUAUGAAUUUAGUUCAACAUGAAAAUAAUGGUGAGCGUGUUGAUGACGUGAACGAAACAAAAAAACGACGUGUUUCUGAGAGUGUAGAUAAAUCUAUGUUAAGCAAAAAAAUUAAAAAUUAA